CGUAAACAGAGACCGCCAUGACAUGUACGUCUUAUUACCCAAUCGGAUUAUUACAGGCUUGUAUAUAUGCGUACGAUGUUCGUGUUUCCGUGGUGGCGAGCGUAAAUUUGGAAAUAAAGUUGGUAAAUCGAGAUACAACUCACGGUGAUGUAGAAGAACAGAAUCAUUGCAAAUUACUGAUACCACUGACGGGGCAUUGCAAUAAUCAACACCUUGAAAGCCAUUCAGCAGUCAAAAGUGAAGGAAACGAUGGUGUCGCUGCCUAGCGCAGAAUCCGGAGCUUUGGACCGAAUGGACCGGCUCUCGGACGAAGACGAUGAUGAGCCAACUAGUGGAUCUGAGACGUAUGAGGAGGGGGAUCUUUUGUCGGCUGCAAUGGACGAUGAUGUUACCGCCCAGCUCGCCGCUGCAGGUUGGCAAAACAAACACGCUAAUGGGCCCGUCGGGGUUGCUGCGGCCGCUGCCAUCGUUUCAGCCAAGAAGCGAAAACGGCCUCAUAGUUUUGAGACUAAUCCCAGUACUCGUAAACGACAGCAAAAUAGGCUUCUGCGAAAACUCAGGCAAACGAUUGACGAAUUUGCAACGCGCGUUGGACAGCAAGCUGUUGUUCUUGUGGCGACACCUGGUAAGCCUAACAGCAGCUACAGAGUUUUUGGUGCCAAACCGCUGGAGGAUGUUGUUAAGAACCUUAGAAGUAUGGUAAUGGAAGAACUGGAGAGCGCAUUGGCCCAGCAAGCACCACCCCCUGUACAAGAGGACCCGUCUCUAUACGAACUACCACCACUAAUAAUAGACGGCAUACCUACACCUGUUGAAAAAAUGACCCAGGCCCAGCUUAGGGCGUUUAUACCUUUGAUGCUGAAGUAUUCUACAGGCAGAGGCAAGCCUGGCUGGGGGCGCGAAAGUACUCGACCGCCUUGGUGGCCUGAAGAAUUACCUUGGGCCAAUGUUCGCAUGGAUGCUCGAUCCGAAGACGAGAAACAAAAGAUCUCUUGGACACACGCAUUGAGGCAAAUCGUGAUAAACUGCUACAAGUUUCACGGCCGAGAGGAUCUAUUACCAGCGUUCAGCGAAGAAGAUGACAAGACGACAAUUUUGAUUCAGCAACAAACGCCGCACUCUUCCUCGCAUCAGUCACAUGCUUCUAACCAAGGCCAAGGAAGCCAGUCAGGACAACAACAACAACAGACGAUGACGGCACAAUAUCCAACGGCAGUCUUGCAGACGAUUACAAAUCCCGAUGGAACAGUAUCAAUAAUACAAGUUGAUCCAAGCAAUCCUAUCAUAACGCUACCAGAUGGAACAACGGCCCAAGUUCAAGGUGUUGCUACGUUUGAUGAAAAUCUGCAUUCUUUUCAGAUCCACACAAGUCAAGGUGAGGUACAAACUCUUGCCGAAGUUACGGGGGGCGGCGAGGGCGGCAGCGUUUCCGUCGACCUAAACAGCGUGACUGAGGCUACGCUGGGACAAGAUGGCCAGAUCAUCCUCACCGGGGAAGAUGGACACGGCUAUCCGGUUUCCGUAUCCGGCGUAAUCACUGUACCGGUAUCGGCCAGCAUGUACCAGACGAUGGUAGCCAACAUCCAGAGCGACGGUACCAUGCAGGUUGUCACUCCGAUGGUCCAGGUACCUAAGGUUGAACCAGGAAACGGCGAGACCAGCAUCGAGGCAGUCACUAUUCAGGGACAUCCCAUGACUAUGAUCAAUGCAGCUGGCGAGCACCAAGUUCUUCAAGUUAUAUCGCUUAAGGAUGCCAAUGCUCUUACCAAGGCCAUGCAGGCCGAGGUUAUUAAGGACGAGGACAGCCAACAGCAACAGCAAGCCGCAUCUAGUCCCGAAUAAAUUAAUAUCCGUGGUUACACAGUUUUACUUCUCAGGCACGAUACGAGCCGCGUGUUUUUCCAGACUAUUUGGAUAUGCAGAUUUGCAAUUAUGAAUUAUGAAUUAUUUGCAAAUUGUAGCUCGAUUUGAUAUAUAUCGAAUAUAUUUAUACAUACACGAUUGUUUAGCGGAUGCUGUAGGGGGUCUUAGGUAAAUUGUCGCAUGUAUUGGACAUACGAUCUAGUCAAAAAAGUGUCCAAGCAGAAAAAUGGAGACAGUAUUCUAUGGCUGUAGAGUAAAAGCAAACGUGCGCAAGCUGCCUAUGUCAACAUACCUAUUUGAGAAAUUCCGUGAUCGUGUUAUUUUUGUGAACGGCGAUGUACUCGCAUGAAUAUGUUCUUCUCAAUCUAUAAUCAUAUACUUUGAUAAGAAAGAGAUAAAUUUUAUCAAAGAAUCAAUCGAAGAACUAAAUAAAUUAAUCAUAUAUCAUUGAAAUUGGAGGAACGAUAUUCUUUUAGAGUUACAAAAAUGUUACAAUGUGGAAGUUUCGUGGGAAAAAAUGACUGCUUUUCUCUUGUGCAUAAAGCAUUGUCGAAUAAUUCGCUCAUGUUUCUACGUUUCCCUUAUAAACGAUAAUUGCCAAAGUUACAUGCAAUUCAAUUCCACUGUUUUUCAUAUACUUAAAUAUACUAUUAGCAUCAUGACAUCUAACAAAACCUUGUUCAAACUACUGAUAAUUUAUUAUAAUUUUUGUUUUAGUGAAAAAAAAGAAAACAAA